GCGGCCCGCCCACCCGCACCCUCCUCCGCCGGCUGGCCUGCCGCGGCUCGAGCUCCGCGGCCACCCGGAGACCCGCGGCGCGCGGCGACAUGGCGGGCGGCCACCGCCUCCUGCUGGAGAACGCGCAGCAAGUGGUGAUGGUGUGCGCCCGCGGCGAGCGCUUCCUGGCGCGGGACGCGCUGCACAGCCUGGCCGUGCUGGAGGGCGCCAGCCUGGUGGUGGGCACGGAUGGGUUUAUAAAAGCCAUUGGUCGGGCUGAUGCUAUCCAAACACUGUUUUCUGAAGAAACGUUUGAAGAAAGAAUUGACUGUUCUGGGAAAUGCAUCUUGCCAGGUUUGGUGGAUGCACACACACAUCCAGUCUGGGCUGGUGAAAGAGUUCACGAGUUUGCAAUGAAGUUGGCAGGAGCCACGUACAUGGAAAUUCACCAGGCUGGAGGAGGCAUCAACUUCACUGUGGAGCACACGCGCCAAGCCUCGGAGGAGGAGCUAUUCUGCUCCUUUCAGCAGCGGUUGCAGUGCAUGAUGAGGGCGGGGACCACACUGGUGGAGUGCAAGAGCGGAUACGGCCUCAACCUGGAGACGGAGCUCAAGAUGCUGCGUGUGAUUGAGCGCGCUCGGCGCCAGGGGCCCAUCGGCAUCUCGGCCACUUACUGUGGGGCUCACUCAGUGCCAAAAGGAAAGACUGCUACAGAAGCUGCUGAUGAAAUCAUCAAUAACCACCUCCCAAAGCUGAAGGAGCUUGGCAGCCGUGGGGAAAUACACGUGGACAAUAUAGAUGUGUUCUGUGAGAAAGGCGUCUUUGAUCUCAAUUCCACCAGAAGGAUUCUUCAAAGUGGAAAAGAUCUAGGAUUACAGAUUAACUUUCAUGGGGAUGAACUCCAUCCUAUGAAGGCUGCUGAGCUGGGAGCUGAGCUGGGAGCUCAGGCGAUCAGUCACCUGGAAGAAGUGAGCGAUGAAGGCAUCGCUGCCAUGGCAACAGCCAGGAGCUCCGCUGUCCUCCUGCCCACCACCGCCUACAUGCUGAGACUGAAGCAACCUCGGGCUAGGAAGAUGUUAGAUGAAGGGGUAAUCGUUGCUCUGGGCAGUGAUUUCAACCCUAACGCAUAUUGCCUUUCAAUGCCAAUGGUCAUGCAUCUGGCCUGUGUGAACAUGAGAAUGUCCAUGCCUGAGGCCUUGGCGGCUGCCACUAUCAAUGCAGCUUAUGCGCUGGGAAAAUCUCACACACAUGGAUCUCUGGAAGUUGGUAAGCAGGGAGAUCUCAUUAUCAUCAAUUCGUCCAGAUGGGAGCAUUUGAUUUACCAGUUUGGAGGCCAUCACGAAUUAAUUGAAUAUGUUAUAGCUAAAGGAAAAGUCAUCUACAAAAAAUGAAAGAUCUGAAAGGAGAGAGAAGACUCUUCGACUGUAUAAGUCAAUGCAGUUGUAGUAAAAGUUAAAAUACCAUAGUAAUUUACCAGGGUGAUGUCAGAUAUAUUUCAGUGCUUUGUUAAUUCACUUGAAAAAACCAAGAGAUAAAUUUAUUUUCUUUUAACAUGUGUACCUGGACAUAUAAAUAGGUAAAUCAAUUGGAUCAUAAUCUUAUAACAUUAAAUCAUCUCACAGAGA